CGAUAACGAAAGUGAGAACAAUUCGUCGGCUCACAUUUCUGUUUUUGAGCAACGCGCAUACAUUAAAAUCGAAACGAUUCGUGGUAAAACAGUGCCUGAAAUUCAUGCCGCGUUAAAUGAAUUGUGUGGAACGGAUACUGUGGAUCGUAGUACGGUGCAAAGAUGGCAUCAGCGAUUCCGUGAUGGUCGUAUAAGUAUUGAUAACAACCCUCGCUCUGGCCGACCCUCUACGGUUACUCAAGACAACACUAACGCGGCUAUUCUCGCAACUCUACUCGAUGAAGACCGACGAAUAACGGUGAGAGAGAUAGAGAAUGAAACAGGUAUUUCAAAAUCAAGUGUUCGCCGCAUUUUAACGGAAAUUCUACAGAAACGAAAGAUUACAGCACGUUGGAUGCCUCAUUUUCNGAUCGUAUAA